GGAAAAGCCAUAAAACCUCCCUCCCACCAGCCUUUCCUUUCGUCUUGACUUUCGACCUCUUCUCUCCUUGUCCGGCAUACCGAGUAUUAACUGCAAUACCAUCUGCCAACUUCACAUUAUCAAAACCACAUCAAGACCUAGUCACUAGACUUCAAUACCGCAACCAUGGGUAAGAGCGACAAGGCGCACAUCAACGUCGUCGUUAUCGGCCACGUCGAUUCCGGCAAGUCCACCACCACUGGUCACUUGAUCUACAAGUGCGGUGGUAUCGACAAGCGUACCAUUGAGAAGUUCGAGAAGGAAGCUGCCGAGCUCGGCAAGGGUUCCUUCAAGUAUGCGUGGGUUCUUGACAAGCUCAAGGCCGAGCGUGAGCGUGGUAUCACCAUCGACAUUGCCCUCUGGAAGUUCGAGACUCCCAAGUACUAUGUCACCGUCAUUGACGCUCCCGGUCACCGUGAUUUCAUCAAGAACAUGAUCACUGGUACUUCCCAGGCCGACUGCGCCAUUCUCAUCAUUGCCGCCGGUACUGGUGAGUUCGAGGCUGGUAUCUCCAAGGAUGGCCAGACUCGUGAGCACGCUCUGCUCGCCUACACCCUCGGUGUCAAGCAGCUCAUCGUUGCCAUCAACAAGAUGGACACCACCAAGUGGUCCGAGUCUCGUUUCCAGGAGAUCAUCAAGGAGACCUCUUCCUUCAUCAAGAAGGUCGGCUACAACCCCAAGCAGGUCGCUUUCGUCCCCAUCUCUGGCUUCAACGGCGACAACAUGCUUGAGCCCUCCCCCAACUGCCCCUGGUACAAGGGCUGGGAGAAGGAGAUCGGUGGCAACAAGUACUCCGGCAAGACCCUCCUUGAGGCCAUCGACUCCAUCGAGACCCCCAAGCGUCCCUCCGACAAGCCCCUCCGUCUUCCCCUCCAGGAUGUUUACAAGAUCGGUGGUAUUGGCACGGUGCCCGUCGGCCGUAUCGAGACCGGUACCAUCAAGCCCGGCAUGGUCGUCACCUUCGCCCCCGCUGGUGUCACCACUGAAGUCAAGUCCGUCGAGAUGCACCACGAGUCUCUCCCCGAGGCUUUCCCCGGUGACAACGUCGGCUUCAACGUCAAGAACGUCUCCGUCAAGGACAUUCGUCGUGGCAACGUCGCCGGUGACACCAAGAACGACCCCCCGUUGGGCGCCAACACCUUCACCGCCCAGGUCAUCGUCCUGAACCACCCCGGCCAGGUCGGUGCUGGUUACGCCCCCGUUCUCGACUGCCACACUGCCCACAUUGCCUGCAAGUUCACCGAGCUCCUCGAGAAGAUCGAUCGCCGUACUGGUAAGGCUACCGAGACCAGCCCCAAGUUCAUCAAGUCUGGUGAUGCUGCCAUCGUCAAGAUGACUCCCUCCAAGCCCAUGUGCGUUGAGGCUUUCACCGACUACCCUCCCUUGGGCCGUUUCGCCGUCCGUGACAUGAGACAGACCGUCGCUGUCGGUGUCAUCAAGGCCGUCGACAAGUCCCAGGAUGCCGGCAAGAAGACCAAGUCUGCUGAGAAGAAGCUUGGCAAGAAGUAAACAGUUUAAUCAACUGUUUCUCUCUUCACCAGCUCCGGUACCUUGCGUACCACUUCACGACACGACUACUAUGAGAUGAUGAUUUUUCUUUGGUAGUUGACGAAGAAUGUCUGUAUGACGACUUUGGUCGAGCACGCACAUCGCUGGAGGAUGGAUCACGGCUCAGCUAUGAACAAAAUUUUUCCCUUUGUGUGAAAAGUGAGAUAGAGUCAAAAAUAGACCGAGACGUCUGACCCA